AUGGAUACUCAGCGUCUCAUCGUACCUAAAGUCUUUCAUCCAUUUAUUUCUGGACCAAAUGGAGACAACAUUAGGGAAUUGGCCAGCAGACUCAACGUUAAGAUUUUUAUGCCACCUCAUAUAAUUCCCGCAGAAGACAUCGUCAUCUCCGGAGAUCGUGAUUGUGUUUCUCAAGCAGCUAAGGAGAUUAUGGAUAUUUACACGGACAGGGUACGUUUGGUAUCGUUUCUUGUUUGCGUCGAUUUUGUUUGUAUCGUUUAG